ACCAUAAAGUCAAAGCACCUCAGUUGCUAAGCAACAGUAAUAAACAAGAGAAAUCUUUCUUGGUUUGGGGAAAGAAGGCUCAGUAUGCAAACUGUUAUAUGUCCCUUUGAAAGGAUUAGUGAGUACUGUACGAACUAUUUUUGCAACAUUUACAAGGAUCGCUUACAAAAACAAAGACCAAGGUUAGUUUGACCACUAAAACAAAAUCUGAUCAAGCUUAACAACAUAGUGGAAAAAAAGCAGCUAAAGUAUGAAAAAAGGGAGCCGAUCCGAAAAAGAACUCAAGAAAUUUGCCAAGAAAGCGAUAAAUAUAACCCAAGAUGGAAAGCGUAGACUCGCACUCAGCAAAAUGGGCUUAAUCACCGUCCCAAGGUUUCUCCUCAAGAUGAGCGAUCUGAAUGAGUUGGACCUCAGUCGAAACCAGAUCCAGAAACUUCCUGAAGCUAUGGGAGCCUUAAUUUCGCUAACAAGCCUCGAUCUGCACAGCAACAAGCUGGAGUCUCUGCCCGAGUCCAUAGGUAGCCUGAUUGGACUUACCCACCUCAACCUGGCAAACAACUGCUUAACAUCUGCUAGUUUACCAUCCUCACUGGGUUUACUCUGCAACCUACAGAGUCUCAACCUUGGACUAAAUCAGAUAGAUGCAUUGCCUUCCACCUUGGAGCAGUUAGAGGUUCUCCAAGAAUUAGGCCUGUUUGAUAACUGUUUCACCGAAGUACCUGAGUUUGUGCCAAAUCUUCAAAACCUUAUUAAGCUGAAUUUGGAAAGAAAUCCAUAUACCGAGGCCCAAAGUGAGGAAAAGUUAGAUGAGAAAGAGGAGCUGUAUCUGGUGGAUGAAAACAGCUUGUGCAAGGGAUGCCUCCAAAAAUGUAGAACAGAGGAAAGAGAAAUUUUAAGAAACGAAAGAAAAGAAGAGAAAAUACCUGAAAAGCCUGAAGAGUGUGAGGAGGAAAAGAAAAGAUUUGCAGGGUUGAUGACACCAAACUCAGUGGCUGCAGUCACCCAGGAUGUGUGGAGAAUCAGAAGGGAACUGUGAACUGAUCAACCAUCUGCCAAUUUCAAUUUUUCAUCGAUUAGAAAUGAUGGUAGAGAGCCCAAAUAAAAACAAUCUGAAAUGC